GAACAUUGGCCGAGGGUACGUGUCUCCUGGAUACUUAGACUCCCCGGUGUAAUGUAAUUCUGAUUGAGGCUUAACCAGUGAGAGACAGACAUACCACGGGGCGCCGAGAGGGGCACAGUGAUUACACAGACCAGUGAAGGGGCCAGGGGCCAAAGAGAGCACUUGUGGGAAUGGCAACUGACGAAUCUGCUGGAGGAGCCCGCAGAGCAACUAAGAGCAAACUCUUUGAGUUCCUUGUACAUGGAGUGCGCCCUGGAAUGCCCUCUGGUGCCCGUAUGCCCCACCAGGGGGCUCCAAUGGGCCCACCUGGACCCCCAUUCGGCAGCAGCCCUUCAGUUCGACCUGGAAUCCCUCCAACAGUAAUGGAACCAACACGGAAGCGGGCCGCCCCGGCACAGGUUCCACAACAAGGUGCCCCUGCACAGGGAAGAGUCCGCAGUGCAAAGAGAAGAAAGAUGGCGGAUAAGAUUCUUCCUCAGAGGAUACGGGAACUGGUCCCAGAGUCUCAGGCCUACAUGGACCUUUUGGCUUUUGAGAGAAAACUGGACCAAACCAUCAUGAGGAAACGGGUGGACAUCCAGGAAGCCUUAAAGCGACCCAUGAAGCAAAAGCGGAAAUUGCGCCUUUAUAUCUCAAAUACGUUUAACCCCGCAAAGCCCGAUGCCGAGGAUUCAGAUGGCAGCAUCGCAUCUUGGGAGCUGCGAGUGGAAGGGAAGCUACUGGAUGAUCCCAGUAAGAUGAAGAGAAAGUUUUCUUCGUUCUUUAAAAGUUUGGUUAUCGAGUUGGAUAAAGAUCUUUAUGGACCGGAUAACCAUCUAGUGGAGUGGCAUAGGACCCCGAGCACGCAGGAGACGGAUGGAUUUCAGGUGAAGAGGCCGGGAGAUGUCAGUGUGCGCUGCACCCUCCUGCUAAUGCUGGAUUAUCAGCCCCCUCAGUUUAAAUUGGACCCCCGUCUGGCUCGUCUACUGGGGAUCCACACUCAGACGAGGGCCGUUAUCAUCCAAGCUCUAUGGCAAUACAUAAAAACCAACAAACUUCAAGACUGUCACGACAAGGAGUACAUCAGCGGAGACAAGUACUUCCAGCAGAUAUUUGACUGUACGCGGUUAAAGUUCUCCGAGAUCCCGCAGAGACUGACCAACCUGCUGCUACCACCCGAUCCAAUCGUCAUCAACCACAUAAUUAGCGUAGACCCCACCGACCAGAAGAAGACAGCCUGUUAUGACAUCGAUGUGGAGGUUGAGGACCCGCUGAAGAGUCAGAUGAGCAGCUUCUUGCUGUCUACGGCCAAUCAGCAGGAGAUCUCUGCUCUGGACAACAAGAUCCACGAGACGAUUGAAUCCAUCAACCAACUGAAGAUACAGAGAGACUUCAUGUUAAGUUUCUCCCGUGACCCCAAGGGAUAUAUACAGGACUGGCUGCUAUCCCAGAGCAGGGACUUAAAGAUUAUGACAGACGUGGUCGGUAAUCCGGAGCAGGAGAGAAGAGCCGACUUCUAUCAGGAGCCCUGGUCGCAGGAGGCUGUUAGCAGAUACUUUUACUGCAAGAUCCAGCAGCGCAGACAGGAGUUGGAGCAAUCUCUUGGAGUUAGAAACACGUAAAUCUCUGUGUCCGUGGUCUCCACAUGUUAAUCACAUGCGCUAAAAGGAUUUCUCGUUACAUUCAGUGUUACGACCCAGGAGUCACUGGGUUUGGCGCAGGAAAAUACCUCUUGCUAAAAUGGACUAAGUUUUCUGUGCCCACUCGUACAAAGCGGUCAAAGUGUAGAUGACACAGAUGUGGCCAAGUCAACUGUAAUAAUGCUGCCCACUAUCCUUCCCAUACACUGACACAGCUUCUGGCUCCCAUCCCAUUGUGUGGCCAGGCCAGUUACACAGUGCCUCUUGGUACAUGGUGCUGUGCCACAUUUGCCAUUUGUCACACUGUGAUUUAUGCACUAAAUGUUGUGCCAAUUAUUAGACGUACAUGUCCCAGACUGUUGUUGCACCUACUGAAAAAGUGCCAUAAUGGUCUAAUAAGCUACUUUGGAUGUGGGGCUCAGGGUGCUGCAUCCCGCCGAGGCUGGGGUCAGAGUUUAUGGGAAUGGGAUUUUAUUCCGUAUUUUGUCAUUAUGUUUCUUUCAGAUUUGAUGUUUUUGCUCACAGCUCUCACUUGUCACACUGCUCAUAUGGCUGGGUCACUAGUGAUGUGGCCCUACCACAAUUAGUGAACCAUAGUGGAAGCCAAGAGGGGGUUUUUGAAGGGGGUUAAUGUCAACCAAUGGAGAGCACGUACCAGUUGCCUAGACAGGAGGACUGCUGUGUUAGUAUAGGCUGGGGUAGUUAUAAAUCCAUUAACUGUGUGCAUCACUGUAUCUUCCUGCCGUAGCUGCUAUUAAGGUAGAGUCACAAUGUGACAUGAAAAUAAAUUUCAUUUCUACCGGG